UAUAGAUUCCAUUAUUUGAUGGUUAUGCUAAGAUAUGCGUGCUUCAUAUCAGUCAGUGUCGUUCGUAGGUCAGGUGGUAGUGAACUGGCGCAAUUAGGUUUUAAAAAAACGGUAGUUUAUUAUUGUGUAACUAACAACUGAUAUACAUUGUAGGCUACUGACUUUUUCAAACGGGAAACAAAUUUAGAAAUCAGUCAAAUCUGAAAGAAGUUUCAUCAUUCAAAGAAUAAUCAGGAUUGGUAUUAAAUCAGAUUGUAAUUAAACAGACAGCAAAAUAAUACAUAAAUUCUAAUAGUAAGUGUCAGGUACACUGGAAAACAGAAAAUAUGCAAUCCACAAAAAAUAGCUGAAGAUAUUAAAAUGCAAGAACUUGUGAUUAUUUCAAAUAUUUAGAACAUAGCAUAACUAUUCAGGCAACAACAAAAAAAUGGCAACAAUGAAUGAAUCACAGAAACGCACACUACGGAUACACAACCCCGACUUGACCCACGAUCUUGAACUGAGUGCGGACCUCACUGCCAAAUUCAUUCAUCAUGGUCUCUUUAAUGAAGAUAUGAUUGAUGAAAUCAAGGCUGAGAGAACAAGACGUGACAGGGUACAGAAAUUACUCUUACAGCUGCCAAGACGAGGUCCACGUGCAUUUGACAUGUUCGUGCAUUCUAUCCAGGACACAUAUCCUUGGUUAGCAGAGGAACUACGCAAAACACAUCAUAAAAUCAGUCUCAAAACAGAGCCUGAAAUGAUCAGUUUGAAGGAGAAAGUUGACAUCUACGUACAUGAACAUUUCGGACGCAGUAGAAGACUGUGUGAGGAGGACAAAAAAGACAUUAGAAAAUUCCUGUAUAAACAUUUAAAGAGUCAUGCAGAAGAUCCAGUUGACAAUAUGAAUGCUCGCAGAGACAGUAUUCAAAGUGAUAUAAGUGAAGACAUACAAGCACUGCAAGAAUUAAAUCAAAAUCAAAGUCAAGUCAAUGAAAAGGACAUUGAAAACCGAGUUUUGCAAAAAGUUUUUUCGAUUCUAACAGGUGAUAAAUCUGAUGAGACUCAAAACAGUCCUGAAGACCUUGACUGUGUGGAUGGUCCCUGUCAUAUAACAUUAGAAACAAUUGAGAAGAAGGUGAAUCAAAUGAACAAACAAGUUGAAAAUCUUCAAAAUGAAAUAAAAGAUUGCUUCAGUGUUUUAGGACUUGAAAAUUGUAAGUAUUCUUUACCUGAAGUUCUUGAAACCUACAAAGAGAAAAGACAGAGUGAAGUAGCAGAACUAUCAAAAAUGAGAGACAGACUUGAUACACUAGAAAGACAAAGGCAUAAACUUGAAGAAAAACUGAAAGCAAAAGAGAGAGAACUUCAAAAUAGUAUUAAUGACCUAGCAAAUGCCGAACAUGCGAAUGAAAAAUCAAAAGUAUUAAUGAGAGACCUUAAAGCAAAGUGUGAGAAACUAGAACAAAUACAGGUGAAACACUUGGAAAAACAGCAAACAUUAAUGACAUUGAAAAGCAUGGUGCAGGAAUUAGGUCCAGUUCAGAGACAAAGCAGAGAUACAUUCAGGUACCAAGGUGCAUAUGAUGAAGUUGAUGGUAACUCUUUACAAUUACCAAAACUGACUCAAUCCCGAUCUUCACGUGCAGUUAAACAGUCGAGAAAAAGUGCUUACAAAGACAGGUCAAGUUCAAAUCAUCAUGAGCUUCCCCAGCCACAAAAUCACAGCAGUGGUUAUUGGAAAUAUUGAACUUCAAAUUGUGCUUAAUUGACUUCAAUUUAUCAAACUGGAAAACAAAAGCAACAGAAAAACAAUCAGUAGUCAAUCAUUAUAAUCUUCAAGAAAACAAAUAUUUUUAUAAUUUAUAUUGAAGUUGCAUUCUAUAUUGCAUUAAGACCAAUAGAUUAUUGAUCCGUAAUAUAAAUUCAAAAGAUAGUUCCAUUGGUUAAGCUCUCUGUCAGCUGUUUUUUUUUUAAUUUUUAAAUGUAUUUUGCUCUUUCCUAUUUACUUGUGCAUAAUUUUCUUGAAGAAAAUAGAUUGUUGAUACAGCCAUACCAAAUGAUACACACUAAUUCUGAUGUAGAUUUUUGCACAUGAAUAAAAAGCCAAGGUGGCUCAAACUACAACAGUAUAAACAAUAUUGUUUGAAACAAUAAGCUUACAUUCCCAAAUCUAUCUUGGAAUAAAAUUACAAAGACAAUGUAUAGUAACUAUGGUCUAUUCUAAAGGAAAGAAAAUAUGUAAAGGAAAACAAUGGUGAUAAAUCUUAAUAGUACUGAUGAACACUGCCAAAAACAAAGUAGAUAAAAUAAAUGGAAAGUGAUUAUUAUAUAGUUACUAUAUAAAGAAUUGAUAAGUAUGAAAUAACAGGCUGAAGUAUUUUUUAACACAAAAAAGACAACCAAAUGGGGAAAAUAAUAUUUGAAUGAAUGGAUGAAUGAAUGGAUGAAUGGAUGAAAGCCUGUGAUACAAUAACACAAUCUGUGAUCAUCUUUCAAAAUAUAGUAUUAUAAUAUAAAAGUAUUUUAAAAAUCAGGAUAAAAUGGUAAUUUUGGUGCCAAAUAUAUUUUAAUAUUUAAUUGUUUUUAUUUAUGCAAGUUAAAUGACUGUGAUAAAAAUCCUAUAUAACGAUAUUUUCAAAAUUGUUUAAUUGUACCUGAAGGUGAUUGUUUUACUGUUAUUUAUAUUUUAUUGUUUGUUAAGUUUGUUACUUAUUUUAUGUAUCAUAUUUAUUUUGUCAGGCCAUAAUAGAUUAACUGCUUGAUUUCUAUUCAAAUGAAAAUAAUGACUUUGCUAAUAUUGUGCAAUUUUACUGCUAUAAUAUUCAAACUCAAAAAUUAAAAUUAAAUGUCUACUAAAGAAAUUGUGCACAAGAGGAGCUUCCUUCUUUGGUUUGUACAAGACAAAUUGAUAUACACCAAUUAGACUAAUUUCAUAAAGACAUAGCUAUAAUGAAUAAUUUUAUUUGGAGUAUAAUCAAUUCUUAAAACACUGUUCGGCUAAAAUCAUAAUGUUUCAAUCUUAUUAUGUCAGUCAAUAAAACAAGGAAGCACCAUUUCUUAAUCACUACAAGAACAAGAAGGCUAAAUGACUAAUUAUCAGCAUGUUUUAUUAAAAAUAUAAAUGACUUGUUCAUACAAGAAUAGGAAUUACUGUGUCAAAAAUAUGGCUGAAAAUCUGCUAUUACUCUAUUAUGGCCUAGUCUAGUUUUUGAAACCAUCAGACUAGUUUUGAAUAUUUAUAUUAAGAAAUAAACUUUUUAUGUGCCAAACACUGAAAUCAGCAAAAAGUUUCCACAACACUUUAUUUUAAAACCAAGCAUUAAAACAUUACAUGUAUUUGAAUUUUUCUUAUCAUAUUCAAGAGGUAUUUCAUUGACGUAAGGAAAAAUGUACAAAACGUUGACAUUGUUUAACCUAGACAAACUUUGUUACAAAAUGUGCUUUGGUUGUUUAGUUUAGUAUAUAUUUAACCAAGAUCAUAAAUGCAUACACACUGUCCAGUCUGAGCUCAUCCUUAUUGGGGUUAUAAAAUGUAAACAUCAAAUUAAAACAAAUAAGAUUUCAGCAUUUAUUACUUAUUUCAGCAUAUAUUAUUUUUUUCAAACAAUUCUUAAUGGUCAUCGAGGACAAACAUCUUACAUAGUAUAAAAGCUUUUAUUGUUCCUGAAUGGAGAUUUUUUAACAGUUAUCAAUUAAAAGGUUCCUGAAUGGAGAUUUUUUAACAGUUAUCAAUUAAAAGGGCACAUGCUCACAGACUGCUUGUGCUAGAAAGGGUGGGGCGGGGAGCAUGAGAGGUAUUGCACAUUUCAUUACCUCUCAAGAACAAAUUCAACCUAGCUUACUAUAGCUUCAAUUCCUAGCUUACCUAGCUUACUAUAGCUUCAAUUCCUAGCUUACUAUUAUUUUGCUUGGCUGGUUUCCCUGCUUCAAAAAUAUUUUGUAAGAACAUCUUUUGUCCUUCUAAUUAUUUAUUUUUUAUAACAGUUUUGAAAAAAAAAUCCAAUAAUUUUUUCAAAUGAGACUUACAAAUUAAUUUUCAAAAAUAUAAUUUAGACCUAAAUCAUAAAACUCUAGGAAUUAUUUUGUACUGUUUUCUUCUAAUUUGUCUUUAUGUUCACUUUUUAAAGUUGCUCUAGAUGUAAAAUCAACAUCUUAAUCAGCACCCAUGUGCCAAAAUGGUUUAUAUGUAACACAAUCAUUACAUCUCACUAAUCAUCAUUUCCUUCCAGAAAGAAAUUCAUACGCCUGAGACAUAUUCUCAUUUAACAAUAAUCAUAUCUACUAACACAAACAAUUACGAUCUUAAUUCUAACACAAUAACUUCACAUAAAUGCAUUCAACAGGACUCAAGAAAUUGGGUUCUAUUAAAGACACAUUAAAAGUUUUGACUAACAAAAAUAUUUAAAAAAAGAAAAAAAGUCCUGUAACUUGGUAUUCAUACCCCCAUAUCAACUCAUACAUAUGUUACAAUCAUCAACUGUUUCACCAUCACUUCCCUGCACUCUUAUCUGUCUUCAUGUACUAUGUGUUCUUGUUUUACAACAGUUUCAGAAUGUCACUUGUGUGCAUUUUUGUCUUACAACUGUUUCAGAAUGUCACCUUUCUUCCCUUCUUCCUAUGUGUAUAUUCUAGUUUUACAACUGUUUCAGAAUGUCACAUCUUACAUUUCUUUUCUUGUGCGUGUAUUUUUCUUUUACAACUGUUUCAGAAUGUCACUUCUCUUCUUUUUUUGUUUUUCUUGUGUGUAAUCUAGUUUUACAACUGUUUCAGAAUGUCCCUUUUCUUUACUUUUUGAUUCUUCUUUUGCUUAUAUUCUAGUAUUACAACUGUUUCAGAAUGCCACCACUCUUUUUUGUUUCUUCUCUUGUGUGUAUUCCAGUUUUACAACUGUUUGAGAAUGUCAUCCCUCUUCCCUUUAUUUCUUCUCUUGUGUGUAUUCUAAUUUUACAACUGUUUAAGAAUGUCACCUCUCUUCCCUUCAUUUCUUCUCUUGUGUGUAUUCUAGUUUUGCAACUGUUUCAGAAUGUCACCUCUCUUCCCUUCGUUUCUUCUCUUGUGUGUAUUCUAGUUUUACAACUGUUUCAGAAUGUCACCUCUCUUCCCUUCAUUUCUUCUCUUGUGUGUAUUCUAGUUUUGCAACUGUUUCAGAAUGUCACCCUCUCUUCUCUUCUCAUUUCUUCUCUGGUGUGUAUUUCUCUGUUUACAUCUGAUUUACUGUACAGUAAUUGUUUAUAAGAUUUGGAGAGGGAGAAGGGGGACUGUGUGGUAUCUAUCUGGUACCAGGGUUGUUUUAUAAACAAUCUGUAGAAAAACCUCCUUAUACUGCUAUGAUUCCAUCUUGUAAUUGGCUAUGACUCUAUGCUGUAAUUGAUGAAGGGAGUAAGACAUUUCAACUUUUUGGAAAAGAUCAAAUAAGCAAUAUGUUAAUUAAUUCUCAUAAUGAAAAAAAUAUCUAGGGAUGUUAAACACUUGAUUUCAAGUUGAAACAAAGAUAUUUAACUACACUGAGCAGACUGUAAGUUCUGGAUUUUUAUACAACUACACCUACAGCAAUCUUUCUAUUAUCUGUGUGAAAAAAAUAAAAACUUCUAUGAAAUGAA